UGCCUCGGUGAACGUCUGACGUCGUGGCGGAGAACCAAUCAGAGAGCAGCUUUUGUCUGCUUGUGGCAAGUUUGAAAACGAAUUUUUGUCUGAGGUAAGAAAACGGUCGCGGCGCUGAUAGAGAGAGAGACUGACAAGCCAAGGGGACUGAGUGCUGCAGAGCUGGAAGGGAAGAGGCAUCCGCUAUGAGAAAAAGUGAGGUGAUAGCUGCUGAAUCGGUAGCAUGUUUAAAUUCAGCAUUGGCCCGUCUUCGAGAUAUCUGGGAAGAAAUAGGCAUACCAGAAGAUCAACGGCUGCAGAGGACUGAUGCUGUUAAGAGACAUGUGAAUCUUCUCCUAACAAGGAUGAUUGAGGAAGAGGAGAAUUUAAGACAGCGUCUCUUAAAGAGUAUUGAUGUGUGCCGAAAAGAACUCCAUACACUCUGCGUGGAGCUUCAACUUCCACCGUUUGAAGAGGAGGAGGAAACAACAAUUCUACAGCUGGAAAAGGACUUAAGAACAAGAGUAGAAGUUAUGCUUAAACAGAAAAAAGAAAGAAUGCACGAGUUGAAAUUAUUAAAGGAGCGUGAUCAAGACUUGUGUGAUAUUCUGUGUACAUCUCCAUACCACAUUGACAGUGCAUGUGUUCCAAGUCUCCAGGAACUGGACCAAUUUAGGAGGCAUCUGGCUGGGCUUUCUGCCGAAAAGGAACGACGGGAAGCGGAGUUUAAAAGUACAAAGAAGCAAAUUAUUCUUUGCAUGGAGGAACUGGAUCGUCUUCCCGACACAAGCUUUGAACGUGAUGUGGUUUGUGAAGAUGAUGACGCUUUCUGCCUUUCUAAAGAAAAUCUUGAUGCAUUGCAACUACUUCUUAUUCAGUUGGAAGAACAGAAAAUGAAGAAUCAAAUUUUGUGUGAAGAACUAAGGUCUAAAAUUACUGAACUUUGGGAAAGGCUUCAGAUACCUGAAGAAGAACGAGAUUCUUUUGCUGUGCAUAUGACUGGAUCAAAAGGAAAAACAAUUAAAGCAUUGCAGGAUGAAUUGAAUCGCCUUCAGGAGUUAAAGCUGCAGAACAUAAAACGUAUUAUUGAAGCAAUUAGGCUAGAAUUAUCAUCUUACUGGGACAAAUGCUUCUAUAGCGCUGCUCAAAGACAAGUUUUUGUACCAUUUAACAGUGAGGAUUACAAUGAAGAUCUGCUUUGUCAUCAUGAUGCCGAAAUAACCCGCAUUAAACAAUAUUAUGAGUUGCACAAGGAAAUGUUUGAAGGUGUGCAGAAAUGGGAAGAUAACUGGCGUCUUUUCUUGGAAUUUGAUAAAAAAGCUACAGAUCCUAAUAGGUUCACAAAUCGCGGGGGCAAUCUGCUGAAAGAAGAAAAGCAAAGGGCUAAACUGCAGAAGAUGCUUCCAAAGUUGGAAGAAGAGCUGAAAGUGCGCAUUUCUGCAUGGGAGGAAGAACAGGAACAAGAGUUUUUUGUAAAUGAGAAGAAAUUUAUGGACUAUGUUGCAGAUCAAUGGGAGACAUUUCAUCAGGACAAAGAGAGGGAGAAACAAGAACGGCUAAUGAAGAAGAAUCGGCAACUCGAGGAGGAAAUGUACUAUGGUAGUGCACCCAAAACUCCCAAUAAGAGGCGUGUGCUUGGACCCAGUACACCUAGUAAAUGUAGAAAGCUUAAUGGCACCUCCAUCUCCAGUUCUUCCAACAGCACUCUGCGCUCUGCUUUCAGUGGGACGAUGUGCCACUCUCCUGUAUCUCGUCCACCUCUCUGUGGUGGCAAGCCUGGAUUACCUUCAAGAACUCCAACGAGAGUGUUCAAAACUCCACAGACAAAGCGGCUAGAGAAGAACAAAGAGAAUAUGUCCCAGCUGAAUGGAACCGCUAUGAGCGGUGGGUGCUACCUCACAAUUCCUGCUCAACGUAACAUCAGCGUUAACUCUGUUGCAAGCACCUAUUCUGAGUUUGCGCGAGAACUUUCAAAAGCCACAAGAUCUAACACCAACCCCCAUAUCCUGAAUUCCACUAUUACACAUCCGCCAUCGUAACAGAUUCUGCUGAGUGGAGAAUCCAGCGAGUCUGAGAUGAGGUACCAAGAUGACUGGACCUGUAGCUUUGCUGUCAGUAGCAGUAUUUCUAUUGGCUGUUCGGUUAAAUGAAGGGUGAAUGUAACCCUCUCACCACCCCUAGUAAGCGGGUGAAUCUGCAUCGGGGCCACAUUCUGUCCUUUAAAUAUAAAGCAAGCGGCUAUGCAAAUUUUGCACUCUUAAUUUCAUCUCUUUAGAUAUAUAUAUAAUAUAUAAAUAUAUCAAUUAAACACUCAAAUCGGAAAAUGUUGCCUUUCCACUUGGUAGCGUGCAUAUGUUUCUAUUGAGAUUUAAGCUGAACUGUAUAAUAGAAGCUUUAUAAUUCCUUUAUAUGUAUUUUUGGUUACAGUUCUCACAGGUUUUGUAGCUGAUGUUUUAUUUGUAUAUAUACGGUUUUUAGUUUGAAGCUAAUCAUGAACACCGUUGCACCUUCUUCAGUGUCACUACGGCUGUUUCACAAAGUGUUCUUUUUUUUUUUUUUCAAAUGAGGUUCCCGAUGGUGGUGUGUUUAUUUCCUCUAUAUAUAUAGUACAAACAUGUAGGACUAUGCAGAAGCCUCGCUUAACACUACAUUAUAGACACAAUGCCAGCGGGCUCAAUACAACACAUGCUUGCACUGCUCUUUGUUAAUGGAGGUCUAGAUAAAUUCUUAGUAUCUCAUACAUCUGUAUGCACAUAUAGAACCUGUCACUCCUUCACCUUGCUUAAAGGAGAAUCAUUAACGUAUAAAGAAUGUACGUCCUAUCAGGUGUGCUAUCACUUUAAAAUGAGACACGAGCGAGUAAUGAAUGGCGGAGACUCUAGGCAACUAGAAGAGCUGUACAAUUGAAGACUUUAAUAUAAACCAUCCUUGAAAUCAUUUUAAAUUGCUUUUCUGUUUUUAACUGCAAAGUUAAAGGAUCAGUAACAUACAUUU